AUGCUUUGUUUGAGGCAAGUUUGCUUGUUUACGCUGAGACGUUACCAAGCUCGGACUGUGAGUAGUGACCUGCUUUUGAGCCAGAUAAAGAGCUGCACCCAUGAAGACGAAGUGUUCAGCCUUGUUGGAAGGAACGAGGCCAAGCUUUCUGAAAAACAUGUGGGAAUUGCUUUGAACAUGCUGUGGCAGUUGCAGAAGAAGAGGCCGCUUCUCUUAAGGACUAGCGAUUAUAUAAGAAAUCACUCCCAGUUUCUUACCCUUUGCGUAUUAGCAGAAAACAAGGUGGAACACAUGGAAGAUGAGGCCGUAGUGGACACCCUGUAUAGUAUUCUCAGGCUCAAUGUUGAAGACCACGAUUCUCUAGCAGAAGUCCUUGUUACAGAAGCGUGGAAAAGAUUAGAAAGGCUUAGUUUGCCAGCUCUGUCUAAAUUUGCACUGUGUUUAUACAAGCAACGCAGACAUUUCAGUCCCGUAAUUGGCAAAGUAGCUCAUAUUGUGGACAUGAAACUGGAUUCUAUACAGGAUAUAAGGAUCUUGACAGUUUUGAUGAUCAGCAUAUCUGAUGUUAUCUCACAGAGUUUUCGAGAUCGAUUGCUACACAAGGCUGAACAGCUCUUGGAAGAAAAGGGUGAAGUCCACUUCAACUAUGCCAAAAGAAUAGUACACUUUCUUCAAAAUGUUAAACUGAGAUAUCAUCCAUUGCUAGAAAAAUGCAACAAGAUUUUCCUUAAAAGUGCCUCCCAUCUUGAUAUACACAGUAUUAGUCUUAUUUUUGGACUGUACGAGCAGCUGGGUUUUGACAGUGCUGAAUUCCGCUUGGUUGCUAAACAGCUGCUGGCUGAGACUAUAGAUGAUUGUUAUGAUCCUGAAACCUUUGCAAAAUUGUUUUUCACUCUUGGGCCUAUGGCAGGAUCCAAGGUAAGAGAAAGGUUGCUGAUAACUGCAGCGUGCAUGGCAGAAGAAUUUAGCAGUCAUCAAGUAUUGAUAAUACUGAAGACAAUGCAGAAAAUGAAAUGCAGAAAUUCUCAUCUACUCAAAAAAAUGUCUUCUGUUCUGCACAAACACUUGGAUAGCUAUCCUUUAUCACAGUUGGUAAAGUUAACGCAGUACUUGGUGGCAUUGCGUUGCCCUGAUCUGGAGCUGUUUGCCAAACUAAAAAUGUUACUAUUUGGUUUUUUAAAAUCUAGUGUCAUACCUGCUGAUACUGCUGCAAUAAUUCGUGUUCUGGCCCUGCUUCCUUCCUUUCAAGUGGAAGAAAUCAUUAUAAACAAAGCAGCAGCAGUUCUGCCUCAAUGCAGGCUACAUCAUUUGAAUUGUAUUGCUACAGCUCUUGUCAAAUGGAAUAAUUAUGACCAGUUGCACUGGCAAAACAGUUCUGAGCUGUGUGUAAAGCUUCUGCAAAAACUAAAUGACUGUGGAUUUUGGAGGCUUCAGAAUGCCAACAACUUAAAUCUUCUGUUGGAAGAACUUACACAUGUGAAUGGAGAGUGGUUUGAAGAAGUCCUCAGUGAGGAAACUAUGGCUACGUGUCAACGCUUGAUAGAUCAAAUGACAUGGGCAAAUGUCUUACAGUUGUCUUUUUUUCUCAUAAAAACAAACCACCGCUGUCCUUCGUUACUUGACAGAAUAGCUUCUGUGACUGUUGAAAAUGUAUACAAGAUCCACCCCUUUGAAAUCUAUUUUAUUCUCUUCCUUUUCUCUGCUCUGAAUUAUGACCCUCCUGCCAACGAAGAGUUCUUCGAGAGUUGUAUCCAACAUCUUACUUCUAACUUGAGUUGUUUUGAAACUCACCACUUGGUGCAGCUUGGUCAUGUUUUGGCAGUGGCUGGGUAUUUUCCUCCAGAUUUGAUAAUGACAAUAUUUACUGUUUCUUUCCUAAGCAAAUUGGAUGCUCAACUUGAAGUCCUGCCUGAUACCCUAAAGCAGAGGGUCCGCUUGUGCCUCAUGAAAUUGAACAGAGCAGUCUGUCUGGAAUGCCCAGAGUUUCACAUCCCUUGGUUUCAUGAGCGCUACUGCCAAAGUGUCUUUUGUAACAGCAGUAGCCGAAUAAAUCCACUGCGACGGCACGUUCACAGAAUGCUGACAGAGAUCUUGGGAGGGAGCCAUUAUGCGAGAAUAUCUGUUCUCACACCAUACUACUAUGAAAUAGAUUUUGAGUGCGUUCUGGAUGAAAAUAAAAAGCCUCUUUCCUAUAUGGCUCAGAAUAUACCUUUGGAUGGUGUAGAGGGAAUACAGUUGAGAGAUGACAUCAAGGAUGAAAGGAGAAAGGCUCUGCCACCAGGAGCUCAGAGAAUUGCUUUGGAAUUUCUUGAUUCAAAAGCUUUUAGCAAAGAUUCACGUCACUUGAAAGGAGAACCUGUAGUGAAAAAACGACACCUGGAAAUGCUGGGGUACCGGGUAGUUCAGAUUCCUCACUUCGAAUGGAAUUCUAUGGUUCUGUCAACAAAAGGUGAACAGCUAGAAUAUCUGAGAAAGCAACUAUAUGGCACCCAGUGA